GUGCAAGAUAUCCCCGAGUUUAGAAACAUCUUCAUAUUCAUCUUCAAUCGGAAGGAGGAGAUGGACAGAGCCUGGGAAGGAAGGCCGUGGCAAAUUUCUGAGAAUACUCUCCAACUGAAGCCAUGGGACGAGAACAUUCGCCCCCAAUACAUCAAUUUUGACUUGGCUGAUUACUGGAUUCAGGUGCAUGGAAUCCUUGAUCAUAAAAGAUCAAUCAACAACAUUGAAUCAGCGGUGGCAAUGUUUCCAAAAAUCCCCCAAAUCGACAUGAGGGGGCUCAAUCCAGAAAGAUAUAUGGAAUUUGUCCGGGUCUUUGUCCAAGUCGAUCUCAAUCGACCACUGCCUCCAGGUUCCUACUGUACCACUGAUGGGGUGAGGGAUUGGCUUGGGUUCAGAUAUGAAAAACUCUAUAUCCUAUGCUACUAUUGCGGGCGCCAAGGUCAUGUGAAACAAGAAUGCCAGAAGAGAAGGGGGGAUAUGGCGGCGGUCUUGGCAUCUCCACCGGAAGGCCGUUACACCCCCUGGAUGAAAGCUGGAACUAGAGCAGAGAGACCCCCACCACCACCGAGGGGAAGAAUCAUUCACCAUUCUCCGGGAGAUGCUGGGUCGAGUUCCGGUUCUCCAGGUUUCAUGCAUAAUCAGAUUUGGGUCCCUGGCAGAGACUCUCUGAUGACCGGAUCGGUCAAGCUUGGGUCGCCAGCGUCGCCAUCCGAGGGACAAGCAGGGUUGGGUAUUCGAAGCCCCUCGGGUUUCACGCCCCACCCUUUCCUAACGGGAGGAUCCUCGCUCAGCCCAAGCCUGCACACGAGAAUCAAUGAUCAACGGCUCCAUGCUCCAUCGCCUAGUCAAAAUCUAGUUAUCUAUGGAACAAUCCCGAGGUUUUAUCCAUCUGAUCUGCCUAAUUCACCGAAUCACGAUCUUCCUCUUGCAAGGAACCUCACGGCAGAGAUGGAGGCUUCCAGUCAGUGGGCCAGGGGUCUCCAUUAUCAAGCAGGCCAGCAAAGUGGGCCUAAUAAAGCCCAUUUCCUUCCUAAUGCAAGCUUGGCCCAGGCCAACCAACAAACAGUCUCUGAAAUGGUGUUUGAUCUCAGCAAAAAGAUGGACCUCAAUCUUAAGCCCAUUGAAGUGGAUUAUUCCUCUUAUGAGAAGCAGAUUGAAGAAGGGCAAGCCGAAUUCAAGAAGAGAAAACAUGGUCAACCCUUGGACUUUGAGGGACCAUAUUUCUCAUCAGGAAACGGACCAAAUAAACCACAUAAUGCAAGAAUCAGAGUCAAAGGAAGGAAGGUCCAACAUACCCAGGUGAAGGAAGAUGAAGGGCACCUAGAGGAACCAGGAGAUGAAGAGUACUCCCAAGGAAAUAAUUCUGAAGCGCCGGUGGCCGGCUUAAAGCGACCGGGAAGGAAAUGAGUUGCAUAAGUUGGAACUGUUA